AUGGGUCUUAAUAUCUCCCGUUCUGGCGCGGAGCUCAUCAGUGAGCGUCCAUCUUGGUCAGCCGCGCCCAUGCGUCCUGGCCAAGGAUUUUUUAUGUACGUGGGGAGCCAAGGGCAUAACACCAUAGCUCAGGAUGAGGGAUGCCUUCAUAAUUCCCCACCACCGGAGGAACCCUUUACAUGGGUGGGACCCAGGACGCUGGUCAUCAGAAAGACCUUACAAGGGUUUGGAUUCACCUUGCGCCAUUUCAUUGUGUACCCACCAGAGUCUGCGGUGCAUGCAUCAGAGCAGGAAGAAAAUGUCAGCAGAGAUUAUCCUUCAUGGCAACGCCUGGAACCAAUGGACACCAUCUUUGUCAAGAAUGUAAAGGAGGGUGGUCCAGCCCAGCAAGCUGGACUCUGCACAGGUGACCGCCUUGUUAAAGUGAAUGGAGAAAGUAUAAUCGGGAAAACAUAUUCACAAGUCAUUGCACUGAUACAAAACAGUGAGGAUGUGCUGGAACUUUCUAUUAUGCCUCGAGAUGAAGAUAUAUUGCAGCUGGCAUACUCUCAGGAUGCAUAUCUAAAAGGCAAUGAACCAUUUUGUGGGGUUGCACAUAGCAUUCCCGCACCUCCUCCUGUCUUCUAUCCAUGGCGAGGUCAACCUCUAGAGUCUGCUCCUGGAUACCCAACAAGCUGUAGAUUCCAUCGAUCUAGCUGUGAGGAUUUUCCAUCUGUCAGUAGUUCCAUGCACAAUGAAAUCACAAGCGAUAGCCCUGAUCAUCAUAACAAUUACUCUAGGCCUGUUGCUAAUCCUCUCCCUCCACCUCAACCCUACAUGACUUCUCCAACUACAUCUAACCGAUUUAGAGGACCAGGACCUCCAUACAAUUCUGCCUAUGGUUGGACGUCCUGCCAUCAUUCAGAGCCACCAAACAAAGCUUCUACAAAUGUAUGCGAGAAGCCAAGUGGCCCUCGCUGGGUGAGUCAAUGGGAGCGACACCAAGCACUGUGUAACUGGAUGUCCCAGCAAACACCUUGCAAGAGAAGCUCUGCCCUGCCCCCAAGAAGACGUAGUGCCUCACAAGACCGACUGGGAGAAAUCACUCAGCAGAGUCAUCAGAGUCACUGGCCGCAUAGUGUUUCCCAAGAUACCCUUCACCAGCCUCUUGAUAAUGAUUCCUGGAGCAACUGGGCACAGUCAGACAAUUACUUGCCCUGUACUGGUAGGUCUAUUGGGAAAUUGGAGUUGAGUGCUUUAAUAUCGCCCACUUAUGAACGGUCUAAUUGGUCUUCGGAUAGACCUCUUCAUACAACUCAAAAAGUUUCACAUCAUCCCCCAUCCCAGACUGUGGUAAAUGCUUCCAGGGAAGUAGUAAAACCUAAGACACAACACUCUAGUUCUGUUGACUCUGGAUAUAUUGGGUACCGGAGUUACAGUCCCUCUUUCCAACGUCGGACUGAACACCUGCAUGCUUUUUCCUUCAGAGAGACAGGAUUCAGCGGUCUCCCAACCUUUAGGUCAGCACAUUUUGCAAGUUCUGCCUCCCCAACUGAAAGGAAAGAACCAUCCAUAAGUAUCAGUUCCAAAGAUGACAGCAGUUGCACAGAGGAAAAGAGAGAGGAGGUGGUCCUUAGACAGAAGCCACCUUCAGGACGAAAGCCCUCUGCAUCUGUGCGGCAAGUCAAUGUACUCUUUCCAGAGGAAGGGAAAGAUGUGGAGUUUGCCCCUUCUCAUGCAGGAAGAGAAGAACUGUCAAGUAAGCGACCAUUGCAAAGGAUAUCACAAUUACCAUUUUCUGAAGAACCCCUGGCAUCCAUUCCUUAUAUUGAUGAGCCAACAAGUCCAAGUAUUGACCUGCGAGCUAAACAUGUCCCAGCAUCCUGUGUUGUAUCCACUGCUAUCAGCUCUGCCCCUAUGAUUUCUGGCAGCCCUACUUCCCCAACAUUCAGCUUUGCUGUCAGUCGUCACUAUUCUCAGGACUGCAGUAGCAUUAAGUCGAGCCGGCGUUCUUCAUAUCUUCAAGCAAUUACCACUGAACGCUCAAAAUCUUGUGACGAUGGCCUCAACUCUUUCCGAGAUGAAGGUCGACUUCAAAGGUGAGG